CGCGCGCAGUGCCCGGAUGGUCGCUAUCUGACCGCGUGGUGUGUCUUUAUCGCGCGUGCGGCGAGCCGGCCGUGGAGCGAGAGAGCGGCACUCGGCCGCCGCCGCCGCCCGCACGUCCGCGAUCCACCGCGUCCGGCGCUCGUCCGUCAUGGCCUCCACUGACCCGGCCUUUCGCAGCAUCCCGAAGCGGACCGCCUGCUUCCUGAUAUGGCGCGUCGAGAACAUGGUGCUCGUGCCGCUACCGCGCGACCAGUACGGCAAGUUCCACCGCGGCGACUCUUACGUGGUGCUGAGUGUGUCUGAGCCGGGCCAGGCGGGCGGCGUCGAGACGCGCGCCCACGAGAUCUCGGGCCCGCUCGCCACCAGCAUCCACUUCUGGCUGGGCUCGCAGACGUCGCAAGACGAGGCCGGCGUGGCCGCCUACAAGACGGUCGAGCUCGACGACCUGCUGGGGGGCGCUGCCGUGCAGUACCGCGAAGUCGAGGGCCAUGAGAGCCAGCGCUUCCGGGCUUACUUCCCGGCCGGCAUCCGACACCUGGACGGCGGCGUUGCCUCCGGGCUGACGCACGUCACUGACGACUUCGAGCCGACACUCUACCUGGUCAAGGGGAAGCGUAACCCGGUGAUCCGCCAGAUGCCGGCCGUCGCUUGGGAGCACUUCAACGAGGGUGACGUGCUCGUGCUGGAUGCCAAGCAGGCGAUCUACGUGUGGACGGGCCGCGAGGCCAACCCGAUGGAAAAGAUCCAGGGUGCCAAGCUGGCGCAGUCCCUUAAGGACGACCACGGCGGUGCCGACAUCAUCAUCAUGGAGAGCGGAAAGGAGGAGGCGCUGUCGGCCAAUGAGAAAGCGCUCUUCAACGAGCUGUUGCCGCUUCGUGAGCGGUCGGUGCGCGGCGCCACCGAAGGCUCUGACGACAAGCAGACGCGCCGUCUAGCGGAGGAGCUUCGGCUGUACCGCUGCAGUGACGAGGACGGCGCGCUUAAAGUGGUCGAGAUGAAGGGCGGCCCGCUGCUGCAGUCCGACCUGGAAAAGAACGACUCGUUCAUCGUCGACAACGGCGAACAGGGAAUCUGGGUGUGGGUGGGGCGACGCGCGACGCACAAGGAGCGCGCCGAGGCCAUGCGCAACGCACAGGGCUUCAUCAAGAAGAAGAGCUACAGUAACUCAACGCCCGUGACGCGCGUCAUUGACGGCGGCGAGUCGGACGAGUUUAAGAGCUUGUUCAAGUCGUGGCGCGACAAGGACGCCACCAUUGGGAUGGGCAAGAAGACGUCGUUCAACAAGAUCGCGCCCACCAUCCAGACCAGCUUCGACGCGUCGACGCUGCACGAGCACCGCGAGCUGGCGGCACAAACACAGAUGGUCGACGACGGCUCCGGCAAGAAGGAGAUCUGGCGCGUGGAAGACUUCGACCUGAAGCCGUUGGCGGUCAAGGACUACGGUAAGUUCUACGCGGGCGACUGCUACGUGGUGUUGUACACGUACGAGGCGUGCGGCCGUGACAGCCAGCUCAUCUACUACUGGCUGGGCGCGCACUCGUCGCAGGACGAGCAGGGCACCGCCGCCCUGAAGACCGUCGAAAUGGACGACAGCCUGGGCGGCCGGCCGGUUCAGGUGCGCGUCGUCCAAGGCAAGGAGCCGCCACACUUCCUAGCCAUGUUCAGCGGCCACAUGGUGGUGUACUCGGGCGGCCGCUCGUCCGCCUUUGACGGCGUGAACGGCACCCGCGACGCCACGAUUGGCGAUACGUACCUGCUGCAGGUGCACGGCACGACUCAGUACAACACACGCGCUGUGCAGGUCGAGUGUCGCGCCGGCUCCCUGAACUCCAACGACUGCUUCGUGCUGCGUCACGGCGCCCAGGUAGUCGUCUGGUGCGGCCGCGGCGCCACCGGUGACGAGCGUGAGAUGGCGAAGAAGUUGGCCGGCGAGAUCCAAGCGGAACCGAGCGUGGUGUGCGAGGGCCAGGAGCGUCCCGAGUUCUGGACGCUGCUCGGCGGCCUGGAGCCGUACGCCAACGACAAACGGCUGGCGGAGCCCGAGCAGCCACAGCCGGCACGCCUCUUCCAGUGCUCGAACGCGUCCGGCGGGUUCCGCGUUGAAGAGGUGUGCGACUUCGGGCAGGUGGACCUCAACGCCUCAGACGUCAUGCUGCUGGACGCCUGGAACACUGUCUUCCUCUGGAUCGGUGCAGCUUCCAACAAGACCGAGCGCGAGCUCUCCGAGAAGACAGCCAUCGAGUACCUGCGCACGGACCCGGCCGGUCGCGGUGUCGACACGCCGAUCGUGCGUGUGAAACAGGGCUGCGAGCCGCCCAACUUCACCGGCUUCUUCGGCGUCUGGGACGACCAGCUGUGGGAGCGCCAGCCCGACUGGGAGAGCGUCCGCAAGAGCGCUUCCGCGGACAACAAGGGUAUCAGCACGGUGUCGAUGCGGAGCGCGACGGCGGCCGUUCAACUGCCCACCUAUGACCUCCAAACCCUGCGCGAGAAGGACGCGGACCUGCUGCCGACCGACGUUGACCCGUCCAUCAAGGAGCGCUACCUGACGCCCGAGCAAUUCCAGGAGACGUUCGGCAUGACGCUGGAGGCCUUCUCGGAGUUGCCCGCCUGGAAGCAGCAACAGCUGAAGAAGAAGGUCGACUUGUUCUAAGCGCCGUCGCCUGCGCUGUCUUUUGUUGGAGGGUAUGCGGCGUGCGUCGGGCUGGGUCAAGCGACCCCGGCCGGCAAGGAGGUCCGUCGGAUGUUGUCGUGAGGAGUCGCAAUAGUUGGGCGACAAUGUUUCUAUGUGCCCACAGACAUCAACUGGAAAAGGCGUGAAGCCUGAGGGGCCAUGAAAUAUAGCAGGUGGCCUUGCUUGCUCGUUUCUGAUCACAAGCGAUAAAAUGGCUCCAUUUCCGGUAGCCUAUCGUGUUUAAAUUUGUUGUGACAAGAAAUUCCUGCGGUCCUUUGAAGCCGCACUGACUGUUUCAAAAGAGCGGGAAAGCUCAUCUCGAUCGCGCCUAUGGUGAAAGGACCAGUCAAAGCGUCAAACGUGUGUGGCCUGCAGCAAAAUGGGCGGAUUGAUAAUUGGUGUGAAAUGCGUAUCCAACGCAUACUGCAUGGUGAUUCGUUGUUAACGCGCACAUUGUUUUACGUGUCGAACAGAAUAUAUAUCCCAAUGUAAUC